AAUACGAUCGCAUGCCUCCAGUUUUCCACUACGAAGAUAAGCUCAAAUGCCUCAAGGGAGACCGGAGCAACAUUUACUGCAUUGCUAGGACCUUGAUCAAGCCGGACAGUUCUUCGCAAAUUUGGAACUUGAUUGAGAAACAUUCCACCGAAGACACCGAUUUCCAACGAUACGUCCUGGAUCGAGGCUUUUGCCUGACGAACUGUGAAGCGUUAGUGAGCAGUUUAUCUAUAGAGCAACAGAAGCAAUAUGACCAUGAACAAAUUUCGGUCGAUGAUCCGCACACCUAUGACUCCAGCUACAUCCCCGGCAUGGAUCAUUUCAAACGAAACUACAGUCGAUUGACCAACAUCUGCUUCAACUACCAGCUCCACCGCGACUACAAUCUGUCCGGAUAUUCCCUUUUAGAGCACUGCAUGUCUUCCAAGGAUCUAAAUAAACCAAUGACUCUGUUUCACGUGCUUUUUGUCGUUCUUUGCGGUUCCGUAUUCUUCCUGGUUAUUCGCGCCACCUACCGGGAUAACAUCGUCGUUCGAAACCAGAACAACAACCAAAUUGCAACGGAAAACGACGUCUGGAUGGAAUUUUCGCUGAACCGAAGCAUCCGUCGAUUAUUUGUCACGCCUCAAACCAAGCUGCAUCGUGACUUUGCUUUUGUGGAAUCGGUUCGCGUCAUUUCGGUGUUCUUCAUCACUGCUGUUCACGUGCUGAUGGCGUACGGAGCAAGCCCAUUGCAGAAUCCGGAGGCACUGGAAUUGCUGUUUAGGAAUCCGCUGCUGCGGAUGGCUUCGGCAGUGUUCCCUUUUCUGGUGCAUACGUUCUUCACCGUCGGGGGAGUACUGCUGGCGGUGCAUUUCCUGGACUUUAUGGAAUCCAGUCCAAGGUUCCGAUGGCAGUACUUUUUUAUGGGGGUGAUAAAUCGAUAUAUGAGGCUUUUCCCACUGUACUUCAUCAUGUGGCUGUACCAGGUGUCGUGGUUCGAUCGGAUGGGAUAUGGUGCCACCGGUCAUUCGCUGGUUGGUGUGGAGAUGCAGCUCUGUAAGGAAAAUGGAUGGUCAAACUUUCUCUUCAUCAACAACUACUACAAGUUUGACAAGGGUUGCAUGCAGCAAACAUGGUACCUGGCGGCCGAUUUUCAAUUUUUCUGUAUCGGAAUGAUCCUCAUGAUGAUCCUGUGGCGUUUCCCACGGUCCGCCAAGGGCCUGAUCUACGGAAUGAUGACGAUUUCUUUGGUUGUCCCAUUAAUCAACAAUUAUGUGUUCAACUUUGUAGGAGUAAUUUUGCUCAAUUUCAAACAUCUUCGGUUCAUGCUGUUCUUCUACGAGUGGGUCAAGCGUGAUUACAUCCUAUCGCAUCCGCACACGUGCAGCUAUUUUGCCGGUAUUAUCGCAGGCAUUGCCUACCAUCGUUACCAGAAGGACCCGCAGUAUUUAAAAAAUCACCGCAUUUAUCAAGUUUUGAAACGCCUAGCGCCUCUCAUGGUACUGGUCCUAUCGGCACCGGCUACCUUAUUCUACUAUAUGAAAUCACCGGAACCGUCACUUUUUAUGGCAUUCUACGCAUCCGCCCAUCGGAACUUCUUCGGUAUCAUGUGCGGUGUGGGACUGCUGUACGGAGCCACGGAGGGAAGUGGAAAGCUUCCCGCUAUAAUGCGUCAUCCAACUAUGCUGGCCAUGGGAAGAUUGUCGUUUAGCGUCUAUCUGACGCAGUUCAAUGCCAUUAGGUUAAUUUUUGUUGAUGCCAAGGACUAUGGAUUCGUACUCAAUGUUGCUAAUUAUUUGCAAGCGUUCGCCUUAAGCUAUGUGGUUUCAUACGUCACUGGAGUGUUGCUUUGUAUAAUGGUUGAGCUACCAAUGGCGGCUUUCAUCAAACGAGUGCAAGGUCAAAAGAAAUCCAAAAAACACAGCGGCAGCCUCAAAGAUGAAAACGAGCAAGAUAAACUGAAAGAUUCCUAACAGAAAAUGGUACUGUCACAUAAUU